AUGGCGGACACACACCGUCUGCUCGCCGGUGGACCCGGUAUAAAGUCGACACCCGAUAGGGUCUUUCCCCAUCCCAUUAUGAACUUCACAACAACGCCCGCAAAGAACAUGCUCUCGAUCAGCGCCACCCUCAGCAUAGCGAUCAACGACGAGCUGGAACGUCAGCGCAGCAAGAUUACCACCGAGUACGCCAUCCGCGCUGUCGAUGAGAUCAAGCGCUUCAACAUGGAGUGCACCGCGCUCCGCGACAACUUUAAGCACUAUGAGGCCCACACCGGCUUCGCCUGCGCCAUUGAGAAGCGCAAGUACAUCGACAAGCUCCGUGAGCUCCGCGAGCAGAACGUCUUGGCCCUCGAGAAGCUCAAGCGCGCGUACAAGGCUGAGCUGUGUUACUGCGGCCUCGCUGUUCCCCCUGACCUUGACCUCGAGGCGGCCGAGGCGACACACAAUAUCCUCCACCGCGGCUAG